AUGCCCGACGUGUCUGAAGCUGGGUGUCAAAGGCAGUUACUUUUGCUCUCAAGACUGUUUCAAGAAGAAUUGGCGAGUGGACUUUAUAAUCCCUUUCCAACAUACCCCUUCACGGGCUCUGUCAGACCUGUAUACCCACUCUCCCCCCGACGAUCUGUCCCCAAGACGAUCAGGCAUCCCGAUUGGGCCGAAACGGGCAUUCCAAGGCGUGAGAUGCGCUUGAGCAGAUCGAAAUGGGAGCUCUUGGAUGCCAAAGGUCAAGAGGCCAUGCGCAAGGUGUGCCGGUUGGCUCGAGAAGUCCUUGACAUAACCGCUGCAGCGGUGAAGCCCGGCGUGACCACGGAUUACUUGGACGAGGUCUGCCACAACGCUUGCAUCGAGCGAGAGUCAUAUCCUUCUCCACUCAACUACAGCCACUUUCCCAAGUCGAUAUGUACAUCUGCGAAUGAGGUUGUCUGCCACGGCAUCCCUGAUCAACGAGUGCUUCUCGAUGGCGACAUUCUCAACCUGGACGUUUCCCUGUACCACGGCGGAUAUCAUGCCGACCUGAACGAGACCUACUACGUUGGGGACAAGGCCAAAGCGGAUCCGGACUCGGUCCGACUGGUCGAAACGACACGGCAGGCCUUGGACAUGGCCAUUGAGAUAGUCAAACCGGGGGUCCCAAUUCGAGAGUUUGGCAAGAUCAUCGAGAAGCAUGCAGCGUCGAGGGGGCUUGUCGUCAUUAAGACUUGGGGCGGCCACGGGAUCAACUCGGAAUUCCAUCCUCCACCGUGGAUCCCCCACUACGCGAAGAACAAGGCUGUGGGCACAUGCAAGCCGGGGAUGACAUUCACGAUUGAACCGAUCCUGACUUUGGGCGCCAACCGAGAAAAAUACUGGCCAGAUGACUGGACAAAUGUGACGGUGGACGGCAAGCGGACGGCACAAUUCGAAACAGGCGUUGAGGUCUUGACGGCCAGACUAGAGAACUCUCCAGGGGGCCCAAUCCCCAUCCCGGAGGUUGCAAACGGAGAUGCAAAUGGGAAGGAAGAAUAA